AUGGCAGAACCAGCCCUGGUUUUUCGUUCUCCAUAUUUAGUCUCUGUGACUCUCAUUAUCCUCUUGUUUGUAGCCCUCUUGUUGUCUCCUUUAAACCGACAACACCAUCAGUCUCUCAAUUUGUCUUCUUCGCCCACCUCCCCAUCAUCAUCUUUUUACCACCAACAACAAAUUACCACCGACAACCACACAGCCUUGCAUUUUGCACCUGCACCUGCACCUUCCCCAUCCCAAGCACUGCUGGAGUUUCAGCGCCAUCAGUCUCCUCCGUCAACUUCCUCUGCGCCUAAACUCAUUCAUACCACCAUCAAAAAGAACCAGAGCAAAACAGAGAGGAUUGAACAAGAGUUGAGCGUAGCAAGAGCGAUUAUCCGCAAAGCUAUUGUUACGAAGAAUUGCACGUCUACCAGCAACGAGAUUUACAUCCCCACAGGAAGUGCAUACAGAAAUCCCUAUGCCUUUCAUCAGAGUCACGUAGAGAUGGUGAAAAGGUUCAAGAUAUGGGCCUACAGGGAAGGAGAGGUACCCAUGGUCCACAAUGGGCCCACCACAUACAUCUACUCCAUCGAAGGCCAGUUUAUUUUCGAGAUGGAAACUGGGCCAAGCCCAUUCAUGGCCCAACAUCCUGAUGAGGCCCAUGCAUUUUUCCUGCCACUCAGCGUGUCCAAGAUCACCGACUUCCUCUACAGACCUCAACACCAAACAUUUUUCCAUCGACUCGACCGUGUCUUCACCGACUACAUUUAUGUCAUCUCUGAUAAAUACCCUUACUGGAAUAGGAGCGCUGGAGCCGACCAUUUUUUUGUCUCAUGCCAUGAUUGGGCGCCAAUUAUCUCACGUGAUGAUCCCAGGCCCUACAAGAAUCUGAUGAAGGUGUUAUGCAAUGCAAACACCUCUGAAGGAUUCAAGCCUACCAGAGACGUCUCACUGCCAGAAUAUAACCUCAAAGCCUACGGACUUGGACCGCCCCGUUUUGGCGAACGCCCUUCUCGGCGUCCAAUCCUUGCCUUCUUUGCUGGUGCAGCCCAUGGAGACAUCAGGAGCAUUUUGUUUGAGCAUUGGAAGGAAAAAGAUGAUGAAGUUCGAGUUUAUGAAAAACUUCCUGAGAAAAUGAACUACCACAAACUAAUGGGGCAAACCAAGUUCUGCUUGUGCCCAAGUGGUUCUGAAGUGGCAAGUCCUAGGGUUGUGGAGGCAAUGUAUGCAGGGUGUGUUCCGGUCCUCAUUUCCGAUUACUAUGCCGUACCCUUUGAUGAUGUUCUUGAUUGGACUAAGUUUUCGAUACAAAUUCCACCCAAGAGAAUACCAGAAAUCAAGUCAAUACUGAAGGCUGUUCCAUUUUCGAAGUACUUGAAAUUGCAGAAGAGGGUGAUGCAAGUGAGAAGGCAUUUUGAGCUCAACCGACCAGCUAAGCCCUACGAUGUAUUUCACAUGGGGUUUAUGGCAGCCUUUGAAUUCCGGUCACCCUAUUUACUCUCUGUAAUUUUUCUCCUCCUCAUCCUCCUCCUUCUGGUUCUUCUUCCAUUCUCUCCCUUCAACCAAAACCAUUUCAAUCUUAUAAGCCUUUCUUCUUCUUCUUCUUCUAGCCCUCGUCAAAGCAACCAAACAAGCCAAUAUCAAUAUGUCUCACCUGCACCCUCUCCUUCUACUUCCUUUGUUGCAGACCAUGUCAAAAAAAAGAAGAGCAGUGGAAUCACGAUUGAAGAAGAGUUGGCGAGAGCGAGAGCAGCCAUCCGCAAAGCCAUUCGCACGAAGAAGUAUACAUCUGAUAGACAAGAGAUUUACAUCCCCAGAGGAAGUGUGAGCCACAUAGAGAUGGUGAAAAGAUUCAAGAUAUGGGCUUACAAGGAAGGAGAAAUACCCAUCUUCCAUAACGGGCCCAUGUCCUACAUCUACUCCAUUGAAGGUCAUUUCAUCGAUGAGUUGGACACCAGUGGAAAUUCCCCAUUUUUGGCCCGCCAUCAUCACGAGGCACAUUCCUUCUUUGUCCCUGUAAGCGUCAAAAGGGUUGCUGAUUUCUUGUAUGAUCGCCCUAAACCGUACACAUUUCACGGUCGACUGGUUCGUAUUGUCACCGACUACAUCAAUGUUGUGGCCCACAAGUACCCCUACUGGAAUAGGAGCAAUGGAGCUGACCACUUUAUGCUCUCUUGUCAUGAUUGGGCACCAGAAAUCAUAGAUGAUGACCAUGAGUUCUACAAGAACUUCAUAAGAGUACUCUGCAAUUCUAACACCUCAGAAGGAUUCCAGCCCGGGAGAGACGUCUCACUACCAGAAUAUAACAUACCGGCGAACACUCUUGGCCCAUCGCUCCUCCACCAACAGCCCGAUAACCGGCCUAUCCUGGGCUUCUUCGCCGGUGGUGCUCAUGGAGACAUAAGGAAGUUUUUGUUUGAGCAUUGGAAGGACAAAGAUGAUGAAAUCCAAGUCCAUGAGUAUCUUCCAAAGGGGCAAAAUUACCACCAAAUAAUGGGACAGACCAAGUUUUGCUUGUGCCCAAGUGGGUCUGAAGUUGCUAGUCCUAGGGUGGUUGAGGCCAUGUAUGCAGGGUGUGUCCCUGUGCUCAUUUCUGACUAUUACUCAUUGCCCUUCGCUGAUGUUCUCGACUGGAGCAAGUUUACAAUAGAAAUUCCACCAAAGAGAAUACCCGAGAUCAAGGCAAUAUUGAAAGCUGUUCCACACUCGGAAUACUUGAAAUUGCAAAAGAGGGUGAUGCAGGUGAGAAGGCAUUUCAUGCUCAACCGACCAGCUAAGCCAUUUGAUGUAUUUCAUAUGGUGCUUCACUCCAUAUGGCUAAGGAGGCUUAACAUCAGGCUACCCAAUUAA